AGUUGUGCCUGCUCACCCUUCAGAGAGCACAACACACAGGCUAUAGCUUCUUGCUUGGUUCCUUUCCCUCCUCCCCAAGUACUUUAAUUGUGUGGAGGAGCUAUUUUCUUUUUCUUCUUUUCUUUCUUUUUACAACCACACCAAUGAUUGUGGGUGUUGUUGAAUGACCUGGUUUUAAAAAGAUAAUAAUAAAAAAAAUCUGUAAUGACAUUCUUCUUUCAAAAGAAGAAGCUGGGAUUGCUAAAAUGUAGGUGUGCAGAGGAUUUGUAGAUCUUGCAACUUUAUUUUUCUUUGAUGGUGUGAACAAAUGAAGAAAGUUUUCAAGGUUUUCCAGAUCGUUAAAAAGUCGUCGAGGAGGAGGAGGAGAUGUAAAGAGAAAUUCGGGGUGGAGGAGGAACAGGAAAGCCAGGGAUCCUGUGACCACCAAGUUGGCUUGUGCAAUCUGCAUCUCUGUGUCAGGGAUGAUGGCCCUUACUCCAAAGGGAGCAAAGAUUCAGGUGGACUGGACACAGCCUUGGUCUCAAGAAGGCAAAGUAUACCAGAGGAAUUCAGAGGAGUCACCAUUGUGGAACUGAUUAAAAAAGAGGGAAGCACUCUUGGAUUAACUAUAUCUGGGGGCACAGAUAAAGAUGGGAAACCAAGAGUCUCCAACCUGAGACCAGGAGGGCUAGCAGCAAGGAGCGAUCAGCUAAAUGUUGGUGACUACAUCAAGUCAGUGAAUGGGAUUAAUCUGACAAAACUGCGACAUGAUGAAAUCAUAAGCCUGUUGAAGAAUGUGGGGGAAAGGGUAGUAUUAGAGGUAGAAUAUGAACUACCCUUAGCUGCUCCAGAUAAUAGCGUUGGCAUCAUUCCAAAGACCAUUGAAGUGACCCUGUACAAAGAAGGCAACAGUUUUGGAUUUGUACUACGAGGAGGCGCCCACGAAGACUGGCACAAAUCCAGGCCAUUAGUAUUGACAUAUGUUAGGCCAGGUGGCCCAGCAGACAGGGAAGGUUCUCUGAAAAUUGGGGACAGGCUGUUGAGUGUGGACGGGAUUCCCCUUCACAGUGUGAGUCAUGCUGAUGCGCUAAACAUCCUACGUCAGUGCAACCAGGAGGCGCUCUUCCAGAUUGAGUAUGAUGUCACCAUAAUGGAUACAGUAGCCAAUGCUUCAGGCCCUUUGCUAGUGGAAAUUGCAAAGACUCCAGGCUCUGCGCUAGGAAUCACGCUAGCAACAAACACCCAUCGGAAUAAACAGGUCAUAGUCAUUGACAAGAUCAAGCCAGCCAGUGUUGUAGACAGGUGUGGGGCCUUGCACGUUGGCGAUCACAUCCUUUCCAUUGACGGCACCAGCACAGAACACUGUUCCUUGUUGGAAGCCACCCAGCUCUUAGCCGCAACAUCGGAAAAUGUCAAGUUGGAGAUACUACCUGCUCACCAGAGUCGUCUGCCCCUCAAGCCUCCAGACACGGUCAAAGUGCAAAAGAGUGACCACCACCACUGCUGGGAUCCCUGUGUCAGUUACUGCCAUACCCACCAUCCGGGCCACUGCAAGACACCCACCUGGAACCAGACGUCCAGCCAGGAUUAUUGCAAGUCCCUCGUAGCGGCCAACUUUGCAUCUCCGACAAUGAACACAUCAGGGUUUGCCUGCCAGAAUUCCAAUACUCUACCUCGGUGCAACCACCCCAUGAGCCCACGGGCCACCAUGAUGAGGAGAAGACAGCGGAAGAAGGAGCACAAAAGCUCACUGUCGUUGGCCUCUAGUACCGUAGGUCCUGGCGGGCAGAUUGUUCAUACAGAAACAACAGAGGUGAUUCUAAGAGGCGACCCCUUGAACGGCUUUGGACUGCAGCUGCAAGGGGGGAUCUUUGCUACUGAAACCCUCUCUUCUCCGCCUCUCAUCCGAUUUAUUGAGCCUGACAGCCCAGCAGAAAGGUGUGGCCUCCUACAAGUUGGAGAUAGAGUGCUUUCCAUCAACAGCAUAGCAACAGAAGAUGGGACAAUGGAAGAAGCCAAUCAGCUCUUGCGGGAUGCAGCGCUUACCAACAAGGUUGUUCUGGAGAUUGAGUUUGACGUGGCAGAAUCUGUCAUUCCCAGCAGUGGUACCUUCCAUGUCAAGCUACCCAAGAAAAGAGGUGUGGAACUCGGUAUUACCAUCAGCUCAAGCAGAAAGUCUGGGGAGCCUUUAAUUAUCUCUGAUAUCAAGAAGGGGAGUGUAGCACACAGGACUGGCACCUUAGAGCCCGGAGACAAGCUGUUAGCCAUUGAUAAUAUCCGACUCGACAAUUGCUCAAUGGAAGAUGCGGUGCAAAUUUUAAAGCAGUGUGAAGAACUUGUCAAAUUGAAGAUCAGGAAGGAUGAGGACAAUUCUGAUGAACAAGAAACGUCUGGAGCUAUUAUCUACACAGUGGAGUUGAAGAGAUAUGGUGGACCCCUAGGAAUAACUAUUUCAGGGACGGAGGAACCUUUUGACCCAAUAGUCAUUUCAGGCUUGACGAAACGAGGGCUGGCAGAAAGAACUGGAGCCAUCCAUGUAGGAGACCGGAUAUUAGCUAUUAAUAAUGUAAGCCUUAAGGGGAAGCCACUGAGUGAAGCCAUUCAUCUACUCCAAAUGGCUGGAGAGACGGUAACUCUGAAGAUCAAGAAGCAAACUGAAAGGACUUAUCCCCAAAAGUCUGGGAGUAUGAAUGAAGUCAGCGACCCCGAUGAUGACUUGACUGAUUCUCAGAAAACUAGUAAGCUCUCUGAGAUCUAUUCCACCACAAUUCCUAGUGUGGACAGUGCUAUGGAAUCCUGGGAUGGUUCUGGCAUUGACGCAGGCUAUGGAAGCCAGGUAGGUACAUACUUACCUCAGGCUGUUGGUAUUGCUCUUCAUCCACAUGAGUGGCGAUCCAGCAGGCAGAAAAGCAGUACACCUCCUGGGGACCCCAGGAAGAGUUAUCCCUUUAUGGAUGGCAGUUUCAGUGAGGAUGACUGGGAGAAGCCCAGCAGAUAUCCCAACCGCCAAAAUGGCCUUGAGACCGCACAUGAGGAUAAUUUUUGGCGUGUUUUUGGAGAAGCUUUGGAGGACUUGGAAACAUGCGGCCAGUCUGAACUUUUGAGGGAGAUUGAGGCAUCCAUCAUGACUGGGAGCGUACAUAAUCUGGGCCUUGACGGGGGCAAGUUGCUCAUGAACUCCGUGAACCAGUCAGGACUGAGCCCACCAAGGAAAGGGAACUGCAAGAGCUCAGGCGAAGGGCCAGGCAACAGCAAUGUCACUCCCACCAAGAAGAAUGACAGGAAUUUGGAGAUUAAGAUGAUGAAGGAAGAGAUACAGGAAAUCAUGUCUCCCACCCCCCUUGAGCUGCACAAGAUGACUAUCUACAAGGAUCCAGAGACUGAAGACUUCGGGUUUAGUGUCUCGGAUGGAUUGUUGGAAAAGGGUGUCUAUGUGAAUAUGAUCCGUCCAGAUGGGCCAGCGGAUCAGUGUGGCCUCAAGUCCUAUGACAGAGUUCUUCAGGUAAAUCGCAUCCGCACAAGGGACUUUGAUUGCUGUCUGGCUGUACCUUUGAUAUCCGAGGCAGGAGACAAACUGGAACUGGUAAUCAGCCGAAAUCCCCUGGCCUUCACUGCCAAGGCCCAGCUAGAGGAGCAAGGGGAUUUGCCCAGCCAGCAAUCUGCUGGUGUGGAGGUGAAGACCAACACGCAGACACUCUGAAUAGGGGGUGGGGUGGGCUUGGUGUCAAUGGUCUUUGAGGUCCUGUGAGGGGCAAAGGGGUUAAUGGGUGUCUGUUGUGUGUGUUUUUACAUUUUGUUUUGCACUGUAUUUGUGCUUACUCUGUAUAAUGUAAGUGGCCAUGAAGAACUGGGUUUCCAGUUAGUUAUAUCUUAAAGCCUAUCAGCUUUGGCCUUCAAGGUCCAAGCUGAGCGAGGUGGAACAGCUUUGACUUUGGUUGACACAUGGUAAAAUGGGUUGCUGAGAGCAAGAAAGCAGCACCCAGUGUAACUCGCCUGGGGGAGAAGACAUUUUGCUCAGAGCAUGAGUUUCUCCAGUGCAUGGGGCGAUGGGGCGCACGCCAUCUGAUUGCCCCUGGCUGAAGGGCUUGGAUACAUGGUGCUAUUUUUGUUGUUUGCUUUGUUAAAUCAUGUAUAGUAAAUCUUAAAUUUAAACCCCUCGUUUCUGUGAAAGGCAUCCCUGCACUAUCCCACGGCCCUUUCUUAAUCCACUGCAAGAGCCCUGCAUCCUUUCUCCAAUCCACUUUCUUCCCUCCCUCCCUGAUCCCAGGGCCACGCUGAAUUCCCUUUAAAACCAAGCGCAGGUUUCACUCGCACAUUCUACAAAAACUGAGCCUAUUGUCACAGCGGAUGUAGCUCAGAUGCUUGGAUAUCUUCCCGCUUGUUUUGUUUUUUAAAGGGGAAUGUAACCACCAUUUGACUUGAAGACAGAAUUUAUUUUUCUUCACGUACUCUGUUUUAGAAAGCACUUAAUGUAGAACACAACAUGCAGGAGACUAGUUUUCCAGUCAUCCUGCGUUGCACAGAUAAGGAACCAGAAAACUCUCUUCAUUGAACCCCUCAUCUUGAGAGUGAUCCAUUUGUCACUCAUGUCAGCCUCUUGGCCCUGCCCCUGAUUUUUUUUGUGUAUGGGGGUUGUUGGGGGAAGCCUUGUACCCCUUUGUCACUGUUUAGCAUGAGACAUCCUCUGCUAGAUUGAUAUUGUGUCUCCAGGUGCACCCUCCGUGGGUCGUCUUAGUGCAAGUACACGUGUGUGAGUGUGUGUGUGUGUGUGUGUGUGUUUAUCACAGAUAAUGUUUGACACCCUGUUGUAACCAGCCAUAGCAGCAGCCCUAAGUUUUCAGUAGUGACCUUCUCCUCCACGGCUUGUGAGCACGAUGCCUUUGUGACCCUCGGCCCUGCAUCUGCAUCCCCCCAACCAGAUCCCCUUGUAGCGACAAUGAGUGUGAUAUUCACAUUCAUUGAACAAUCUGCCUACAGCCAACAAGUUGGACUGCCACCGAAGCUGUAAUCUCUUCCUUUCACAUGGCAAAAUGACAGGAUUUGCUAACCUCUCACUGGCCAGUGGAAUUGCUGUGCCAGACUUUCUGGAAUAGCACUUUAUUGUGAUCAUUUCUGAUUGACCGCCUAUUUGAGAAAUAGAGCAAGGCCCUGAUCUGGGAAACUGGCUCCUCUCUUCCUUUGUAUUCUCUUUUUUUUCUUUUGUACUGUUCUGAUGAAUAUUAAGAUGCCAUGUUUUGGUACAGGUUGGGAACCUUCUCCUGCUAGGCCAGGACUGGUUUCUAGGUCUGUGCCCAGGCCAAGCUGUGAUUGCAUCUCUCUUCUUGGCUACUUCACUUCCUGGGCCACGUCAAAGUAUCCGUGAUUUCCUUAAGAUGUGCAUGGAGUCCCAUUGGGCUGUCUCUAGCUGUAGCCAUUCUCCCUUCUCAAAGUAUGCAAUAUUCCAUACCAUUGCUGCCAUAAACUAGAUAACGUGCCAUAAAAGAAACUGCAGAGUAUUGACAGUUAAGCAGAAAAAGGGGGUUUUAUAUGCAAUAUUGUCAAAAUGGCAGAAGCUCAAUGUGGCUUCAAAUAAGUUUUUAAUGAAGACUUUUAAUAAGGCUUUAAAAAAAAUGGUCCUUGUAUCCCUUCCUAUGCAUUUUGAAUGAUAUGAAGACGAAAUGCAUUACUUAAAUGUGUAUUUUUAUCUAUAUAUUAGAGUGUAUUCCUUGUAAAGUAUUUUUCUAUGCUAAUUUUCUUAUGUAUCUAUGAAAGCACAAUAUUCAAAGAAUAUUUUAGUCCUG